CUCCUGGUCCUGCUGGAAGACCCGGCCUCCCGGGGGACAAAGGUGCCAUUGGGAUGCCUGGACGUGUGGGAGGAAAGGGCCAACCAGGCGAGAAGGGGGCCCCAGGAGAUGCCGGGAUGUCCAUCGUCGGUCCCCGCGGCCCCCCCGGUCAGCCGGGCACUCGAGGUUUUCCUGGAUUUCCGGUAAGUGGAGAGGACUGGUCAGCUGUGUCCCUGGCGACUCCUGGGCCUGGCUGUGUUAAACUUCAGGCAGGGCCGGCCCUCAAACUGCUUUUGCCAUUCCAAAGUCCCAUCGGUAAGGACCCUCUCCUGCAGCCUUUCGUGGAGAGUAACUGAGGAGAGUAGCCCAGCGCUCGGCUCACAGUGCAGGAGGGGACAGGGACAUC